CUUUUUUUUUUAUUUAAUUUGUGACUUAAUUGUUUUUGUUUAACAUUAUGUGUAGGUCACUGAGCCCCUUGUAGUUCUCCUACGAGUUGUUGAUGGGGAGAAGCCCUCUAUGGGCUAUAUAUAUGAGGGUAUGGAUAGGGCCAAGGAGGCCAUUAGGUCCAUAUAUGCAGGAGAUGAGGAUAAGUAUGGCCCCAUUUGGGAGAUUAUUGAUAGGAGAUGGCAGAACCAGCUUCAUAGGCCCAUCCAUGCAGCAGCCUAUUACCUCAAUUCGGCAUUUCGAUUCCGUGAUGACUUCAAGGCAGAUGAGGAGGUUCUUAGUGGCCUGUAUACAGUGGUUCAAAAGUUGUGUACUGAUGGCACAGCCUCAAGUACAACGCUCCAGCUGGAUAAAUAUAAUAAUCGAGAAGGGGCAAUCUUCGCAAGCAGCAUGUGCAUAGAGGCUCGAACACAAUUGCAACCAGAUAAAUGGUGGCAAAUGUUUGGGCCCUCAACCCCAAACCUUCAAAAAAUUGCCAUCCGUAUUUUGAGCCAGCCAUGCAGCGCUUCUGGAUGUGAGCACAAUUGGUUCAUGUUCGAGCACAUCCACUCGAAGAGGCAUAAUAGAUUGUCUGUGGAGAGGUUGAAUGAUCUUGUUUUUGUUCAUUACAACCUCCGUCUUAGGACCAGACAGAUUUUGGACACUGACUCCUCUCCGAUCACUUUAGGGGAGAUCGAUCCAGAGUCUGAGUGGAUCACUGAGUCUACCGAUCCCGUCUUCACUGAGGAGGACCAUGAGUGGGUUGACCAGGCAGAUAGAGAGGCUGAGGCUGUGGCUAUGGCAGAGGAGGAGGAUAGAGCACGAUCCGGCACAGGCACCUCACAGGCGGAGACUAUGGCUUCUCAGUCAUCCAGGACCUACCUUAGACGCAUUUGUAGGAGGCAGACAGACUACUUUGAGGCUGAGGAUGAGCUAGAGCCUGAGCCAUAGACUUGUUUUUGUUUACAGUUAUAUAUAUGUUUGGGAACAUUUG